AUGUUUCAGGAAGUCAGCAGAGUUCAUCAGUGCCUCUUCUUUCUCUUCUGCAGCUUCACCACGCCCGAAGGCCCUAAGCCCCGUUCGAGAUGUGCAGACUGGGGCAGUGCAGUUGAAGAAGAUGAAAUGAGAACCAGAGUUAAUAAAGAAUUUGCAAGAUACAAAAGGAAACUUCUCAUCAAUGACUUUGGGAGAGAGCGGCGCUCGUCCUCAGGCAGUUCAGACUCUAAGGAGUCCAUGUCCACAGUACCAGCCGACUUAGAGACGGACGAGAGUGUGCUGAUGAGGAGACAGAAGCAGAUCAAUUACGGGAAGAACACCAUCGCCUACGAUCGCUACAUUAAAGAAGUGCCCAGACACCUUCGGCAGCCUGGCAUUCACCCCAAAACCCCCAACAAGUUUAAGAAGUACAGUCGGCGCUCAUGGGACCAGCAGAUCCGACUCUGGAAGGUGGCACUGCACUUCUGGGACCCCCCGGUGGAGGAGGGCUGUGACCUGCAGGACAUGCGCCCUGUGGACCUGAGUGAGAUGGAGACUGAGUCAGCGGAGAGCAGCUCAGAGUCCCAGACGAGCUCGCAGGACAACUGUACUCAGGAUGUCCUGGACGAGGCCACGACACACUUACCAUGCUCAGAAGGCCCGGCAUUGCUCAAACACUGCAGCCCAGUGGAGGCCUGGCCCCCGUUUUCUGGGGGUGAAGCGGUGUCUGGAACAGCCCCGAUGGCGGCCGCCCCCCGGUUGUCCCAGUAACUUCUGUGGCUGGGUUCACCAUGUUGGUCUUAAGAGUGUUGAGACCCGUUUCUAUGCAGAAUAUUCCUUCAUUUGGAGUUGUCUGGUUGUUUCCUGAAGAUUUUGAUCUAGAUUGAGCAGGACGCAGGGCCUGGAGGAGGUGGUAGUGUUAAAAUUGAUGCAACAUGUUUAGGUGGAAUGAGGUUUCUCUACUGUGAAGGUGGGACACUCCCCCGCCCCCCAAUUUAUACUAGAAUCUGAAGGCUUUCCUGUUAGUCAUCCACCCAAACAACUGUGCUUGAUGGUGCAGAACAUGGACGGCAGUUUCUGCCCUGUGCUGCCGCCAUCGCGGGCCAUUUCCCUGAGGUUGCAGCCCAGUACGUGGGUAUGCAGCGAAGGCCUUGCUAUGGCGUUACCUUUAAACUUCUAUGAACGCUCACCGUGGAUUGUGCAGCCUUUUCAUAACACUUUUAAUUAGUAAAACAAAAAACGCCCUGUUCAUUAAAGCAAUCAGAGAUGUAUGCAGUCAGACUCGCAUCACCUCCUGUCCCACGAGAAAACCACUACAUCUUGUGGAACCCUUUUAUUUAGUGCUCAAAAGAGGGCGUGAGGGUAUAGAUACAAAGCCUUGUAAACGGGACCUUCCUGCAGUGUAGUUACCUAGGCCCCCAUUGGGUGAGGCGUCCACAACCUGUCAGGAUCCUGGGCAGCCGUCGGGUGGAGGGAUCUCAGGCCUCAGGACCUCUGGGCUGAGGCCGAAGCCGCAGCUCUAGUUGUGGGAGCAAUAGUGUGACUGCUUCAUGAUGCAGCCCUGUGGAAUCACCCUCGACUCCACUGCCCACUCCCAGUGUCGAAGUGACCAGGAGUGAUGUUCAGUGAGCAGAGCCUGAUCCGUCCCACUUCAAAUGGGAUCUGAUGGUGCCUGUGAAUUGAGUACGUACUCGGUGUUGCUGCUUUUGCACGAUUCAGACCUCCGUCGCGUGGCGGCGGCGACUUGUGUGGAAAGAGUUGUUUUAGCUGAAUGCUUCAGUUGUGAAGGGAACAGACCAGACCCCAAGGAAGCUGGAAAUUUGAAGCAAUCCUGGCACCUCCCCGAGAUCUGUCUGCUCCAGGGCACCUGUGGGCUUGGAUGGGUCCCCCAGGGGCUCGUGUGUGACAUCACCUCUGGUGGAGCAUGCUGGCUUUGGAUGUCAGGGAAACUUGAUCUGGGUUUUCUUUUGGACUGAGGCUCCGCAGUGCUGCUGCCCUGGGUGGCUGUUUGGGAAGUUGCCGUCUGAAUCCGGGGCUUGUACCCAGUGCUGGCUGCGUGGGCUCUCCUCCCUCUAAUCUGGAGUGAAGGCACACGGGAGGGAUGUAGAAAGCUUUUUACUUUCUAGCAGUUUAUUACCAUGUAAAAUUGUUGUAAAUGACACUGUAUAGAUUGUUUGUUCAUACACUUACUUGUAAACUUGUUAAGACUUAGGUUUCUGUUGCUUUUGUAUGGAAUGAUAGGAAAAAAUAAAAGGAAAAAACCUUGAA